UCCCCUGCGCUGGCUCCCCCCUCAUAGCUGUUCCUUGGAACCACCUUUCCCUUGCACUGGCCUCCGUCUCCUCUCCUGUCAUCUGAGAAUCUCUUCAGAGGCUUAUCUUGGGCUCAGUGUUUACCCUGUGCCGCCUGGCAACAGUCCGCAUGCUCAGGAUUACCAGAGGAGCUCCCUUUCAACACACAGAAAAGUUUUGAAUUCACUUAGCCUUUUUUUUAGUGGGGAAAAGGGAGAGUUGGGUAUAUGAGGUGAAGGCAACAGAAGGAGUGGUGGGACUUGGAUCAUCAGUUCUUUCUUUCUUUCUUUCUUUAUUUCUUUUCACUGCCUCCUUCCUCUGCUCUCCCUCCUCACUUUUGCUCUUGCGAGGCUUGUUUAUUUAAUUGAAUUUUUGCGCCGAGUUCUUCGGGAGGGGCCCGCGUCCCACGCGAUGGAUCACACGCUCUUCGGCUGCCUGCGCAGCCCUCACGCGUCUGCGCAGGCCCUGCAUCCCGCCUUCGCGCAGUCGCCGCUGGCGCUGCACGGGCGCUCGGACCACGUCUCCUACCCCGACCUGGCGGGGUCCUCGUCCUCCUGCAUUGUGGCGGGUUACCCGGGCGACGAGGGCCUGUUCGGCGGGCAGCACCACCGCGGGCAUCCCGGGCAGCAGCAGCAUCACCACCCGCCGCAGCACCAGCCGGGCUGGCACAUCCCGCCCAUGCCCUCGCCCUCGCCCGCCAGCGGCCGCCACAGCCUCUGCCUCCCGUCACCCGACAGUGCCUCCCCCGACCUGUGCCCCGGCGGCCCCAGCCUGUGCGCCAGCACCCCCAGCCUGGGGGCCAACACACCCACGGGGGCGUCCUGCGUCCCUGGGGACUUUGGGCGGCAGGCUUUGUCCCCCGCUGAGGCAGAGAAACGCAACGGCAAGAGGAAAAGUGACAGCUCAGAUUCUCAGGACGGGAACUAUAAGACCGAUGUGAGCAGCAAACCCAGAAAAGAGAGGACAGCAUUCACCAAGGAACAGAUUCGAGAGCUGGAGGCAGAGUUUGCGCAUCACAACUAUUUGACAAGGCUGAGACGUUAUGAGAUAGCUGUGAAUCUGGACCUCACAGAAAGACAGGUGAAAGUUUGGUUUCAGAACAGAAGAAUGAAGUGGAAGCGCGUGAAAGGGGGGCAGCAAGGGGCAGUGGCACGAGAGAAAGAACUGGUCAACGUUAAAAAGGGGACACUACUGCCUUCAGAGUUCUCUGGCAUUGCGGGACUCCAUCACUCAGCAGACUCCCUGGUCAACGAGGACAGUCACGACAGUGAUCAGAGUUCGGAGCAUGCUCACUUAUGAUUGACGGCAGACCAUGCCCUCACAGAACAGACUCCGCCUCCUCACUCAGGAAAGAAUACGUCUAAUAAAUGAUAGGUGUUAUGAUAGCUGAUUGCUCAUAGCUCAUGCGUUGAUGAGUAAGGAUGACAUGAAUUAAAAGAUACAUAAACAUGUAUAAAUGUACAAAAAAUGAUAUGGGUUGCAGGAA